CGUGACCCGUCCUGGGUCCCGGGCCUCCCGGCAUCUUUCUCAAACACAAAGACACGAUAAAGUCGUCAGACUCGUAAAAGUUCUAACUUUUCUUCCUCCCCAAUCUCUUCCACCUCGCGAUGCUGGCCGCCCCCACCACCUCUCCCCUGCUCUCCUCCCGCGACGCCGCCAUGGACGUUCCCUUCGCAUAGCACAGCACAGCACAGAAGAGACCGCGAACCAUGGGUCGGUCGAGAGCCAAGGACGGGGCCGUGAAGUCAUCCUUCCCGUCGCCGGCGUCGUCGUCCUCGGCGUCGUCGUCGGAGUUCGAGUUCACGGUGACGCAGUCCCCUGCGUCGAAGCAGCGGUCGGCGGCGCAGCUGUGCCCUGCCGACGACCUGUUCUACAAGGGCCAGCUCCUGCCGCUGCACCUCUCCCCGCGCAUCUCCAUGGUGCGCACGCUGCUGCUCGCCUCGGCGUCCACCUCCUCCGCCUCAGCCUCCGACUCCACCUCCCGCGACUCCAACGGCAGCACCUCCUCCUCCUUCUCCGCCGACUGCGCCUCCGCCGACGACCUCCUCCUGCUCCCGGACUCCGCCCCCUCCUCCUCCCGCCCCAGCUCCGCCGCCGCCGACGUCGACGGCCGCCACUUCAACCACCACCUGCUCCGGGGAACUUCCGACGCCGCCGCCGCCUCGUUCCCUCCGGCUGCCUCCAGGCGUAGCGGCAAGCAGUACCUCUCGUCCUUCGCCACACGCUUCUCCUCCGUCUUCCUCCACCGCGGCGGCGCGCCGGCACCGGCGUCGGGGAAGAAGCCGUCUUCCUCCAACAAGUCGCUCGCCAAGGAGGUGAUCAAGAAGUACGCCAAGAAGGUGAAGCCGCUGUACGAGAAGCUGUCCCAGAUCCCCAAGAACCAGAGCAGCCACCCGCCGCAGCCGCAGCCCCAGCAGCAGGGGUUCAAGAAGCCGUUCAGUUUCUCGAUCCGGAAAAAGCGGGGCGACGAGGACCACGCGGCGCUCGUGACCCCGUCAAUGGCGGCGGAUCAGGCGGGCGGCGGCAACGGCAAGUACGCGCACUCCAACUCCUUCUCCGGGAACCUCCGGUUCCCGCGGCAGAAGCGGUGCGCCGCGAGCUGCCCCUCGUCCAUGCGCUCCUCGCCUAACCACUCCGGGCUGCUCUCCUUCGGCGGCGCCGGCGGCGUCGGCUUCCCCGACGUGCCGGCCGCCGCCGCGGCGGCCAUGGCGGGCGGCAUUGCUGGCGGCAGGCCCGCCGUGUCGCUGUCGACGGCGUCGUCGUCGUCGAUGGAGGAGCUCCAGAGCGCCAUCGAGGGCGCCAUCGCGCACUGCAAGUACUCAAUGGGUGGCGUCGUCUCCCUGUGCCCGCGCAAGGGGGCGGCCGGCGAAAUCUGCGCCUUCUGAGCGCGAGUGCCCUAGGAUUCGUGCCAAGUAAGGCUUAGUAUCUGUUAAUUUUGGCCGUUUAGUUUUGUGUCCUCCGUAAUUUGCAACCUUUUGGUAAGACUUUAUGAUGAUGUUGGUAAAUAAGGGUAGGUUCGAAGGGGUAAAAUGAUACUUCCAGACUUGGAUGUCUUGUCUUCCGGAGUUUGAAGUUUGCAUCGGCGUCCUCCAAACAUUUCUUCUAAACACGUCAACCCCAUCUAAGAAGAAUAAAAGUGGCAAGAAAUGUAUUAAGAUGAUGUGGCUAUUAGGUAAAUCCAUGAAUCAUAGAGAACCUCAACUCAGAUUAUUUUUUUGGAGGAUUCAAAUGCUUGUCAACUUUGGGUAUAUAUUUUGGCUGUGACAUGGGCUUUCCUGAAAUGUGCCCAUCAAAAUGGCUUUGAGAAGUAACGGGUUGCUAGAAUUCUAAGGCCUUUUUGAUUUGUAGGAUUGGAAAAAUACGUGAAUAUGAAAAAUGAAGGAUCGGUAUGUCAUGUUCACUUGAAUCCUAUAUAAUUUUGUUUCCCCCAAAAUUUGUUUGAUUGCACCAAAAGAAUUCUACCAAGUUGGAGUGGAUGAAAAAUUUCAUGCUCCUUUGGAAAAAAAAUUAUAGGAUUCAAUCCUACAAAUCAAAUGACCAAUAUAGGAAAAAAAUCCUAAGAAUUUCAACCCUACAAAAUUCCUAUGAACAUCAUUUGAAUCAAAAGAGGCCCUAUCCCUGCAAGUAGUGUGAAUCUGCCAAACAAAAUUGUAGUGGAGGGUGUCGAUGCAAACUUCAUUCCCUGGAGAAAUGAUGUGCAAAUUAAGUUGCUUAGUGAAUUAGACCGAGAUUCCGUUCACUGGGAUUUUGGGACAAUGAUAUGAUGUUGCUGUCUGAGCUAGUGAUGUCAAAUUUUGUGUUGUAAUCAUGUCUCAAGACAAAUGUUUAUUGAGCUAAUCCUAAUAUAGUCUGGUUUCUCGCUUCA